UAGAUAUAAAUAGGGUGUGAAUGAAGUAUAUUAUUCAGGAAUUAUUCAGGAAUUUCCAUCUUCUUCUCUCCUAGGAUUUCAGAUACUGAUUCUAGGCUCUCUCUCUCUCUCUCUCUCUCUAUAACACACAUCUCUCUCCUACCUUCUCAUCUCUUCUUUCCCCUCUCUUCCCUUCUAUCUCCCCAUUCUUAUUCUCUCUUUUGCAGAAUCUAACAUUUUGGUAUCAGAGCCCAAACUUUCUGGACCUGUUGGGAUAUUAUGGUGAACACACGCCAAUCAAACACUAACAAUGUGCCUCUCCUGCCAAAUCCUAACCCCUCUCACAGUGUAUCUACACCCACCAAUUCUUCUGAUCUUCCCUCUACAGAACUGCUUUCCCAACAACUAUCAGCCAUUAUGGCCAAAUUAAAUAAUUUAGAUACAGAAAUGACUACUUUGAAGCAACAGAAGUCAUUUCAAGCACCUAAAGGAAACCAAAGCCAUAGUGGGAAACAGAUUCAUGAAGUUGAUGAUGAAGAACAUGACAACCUUUGGUGGAAAAAGAAUCCUUCUAAACGCCCACACUCUAAAGUAGAAUUUCCUAAGUUUGAAGGAGGUGAUCCUAGAGGCUGGGUUAUGAAGGCAGAAAAAUAUUUCAGGUAUUAUCAAACACCUGAAGACCUUAAAGUUGAUGUGGCAGCCAUGAACUUAGAAGGUGAUGCACUAGAUGUUUUUACAUGGGUUUCUUCUGGAAGAUCUAUCAAUUAUUGGGAUGACUUGAUUCAAAUUUUUCAAGAGCACUUUGGCCCUGCUGAAUUUCAGAAUCCUGAUGUGUACCUUUGUAGCAUCAAACAAUUGGGUUCCGUGCAAGAAUAUAGGCAGGAAUUUGUUAGAAGGUCUUCAAGAGUGCAUGGAUGGCCUAAGCAUUGCUUAUUAGGUGUUUUCAUCAAUGGUUUAAAGGAAGAACUGCAGUCAGAUGUUAAAAUUCAGAAACCCCGAACUGUUUACAAGGCUGCAAGCUUGGCUCUUGAAUUUGAAGCCAAGUUACAAAAUCAGAAUGUGAGUCGUUAUGGACAGCGAUCUGGAGUUACAUGUGGCAGUGAGAGCAGUGUCAAUUUCAAGGAAGAUAAAGACGCCAACAUUCCCAGGCUGUGUUCAAACUCUGCUCUUGUGAACGCACCAGUUGUUAUGUCAAGUUUCAACACCCAAAAGCAACUAUUACCAACUACUACUGGAACUUCCCAAAGAAUGACCCACAACGCAACAAUUUCAGACCAUGAUAGGAAGUUUUUUAGAGACAAAAGGCUGUGUUUUAAGUGUGGAGAUAAAUUUGUCCCUGGGCAUAAGUGCCAACCUGCUUCUCUCAAACUCAUGGAGAUUACCGAGGAAGUGGAAGACCCUCAUCUAAGAGCCCCAGAUUCGAACCCAUCAUUAAAAGCUACCCAAUUUCCCACAUUUUGCCUUGAGGACAAGGCGUAUUUCCUAGGGGAGAGUAAUGAUAGAGUCCAAUAUCAGGGGCAGUUUACAAAUUAGUUAUUUUCAGUUAUUUGUAAUCUUCAAUUUUAGGUGGUUAUAUU